AUGUGUUUUGAAUCCAAUUCUGCACUUGUCUCCGUGCAGAACAACGGUCGCUUCUGGGGAAUCAACCACCACAAUCACUUUUGUGCGAGGUGCACUGCCCAGAUUGCUAUCACGAAGGAGGGCAACUACAAGUUCACCACUGCAUCCGAUGACGGCUCUGUGAUGAGCUUGAACGGGCGGCAGAUCGUCGAUAACAACGGCUGCCACGGCGAGCGGGAGCGGACGAGCGGCAACCAGUGGCUCACGCCCGGCUACCACCUGGUGGGAGUGGACAUGUGCGAAAAAGGCGGUGGCGAGGCGAUGAAGCUGCGAUACCAGGGCCCCGACACCGGGAACCGCAAGGUGAAAGUCCCACAGUCCGCCCUCAAGCACGAGAAGGCCGGAUUGGAGUGCAAGUACAUCUACCACCGACAUCACUGUUGGCUCCCAGAUCUGGGCCGCCUGCAUUCUCAUCACACUGUGACCGUGCCGGACAUUUGGAUGGAGAACGGCCGGUUCCCUGCCCAUCGUCACGGCAACGCCUUCUGCAUGAGGUGCAGUGGCUACUUGGUCAUCAGGAAAGCGGGCCACUACUUGUUUUGGACUGCCUCAGACGACGGCGUCUUGGCACAACACGCCUACCACGCGAAGCAAAGGGUCGUCGACAACAACGGUUGCCACGGUGAGAGGUGGCGUCAGAGCAGCUGGUGGUGGUUGGGCGCGGGCAAGCACAGGCUGACCGCCGACAUGUGCGAGCACGGGGGUGGAGAGGUGUUCAAGGUCAUGUACCAGGGACCGGACACUGGCAACCGCAAGAUCAAGAUUCCGAAAGAGGCUCUCCUCAAACCCGGGCAGGCCAGCGGCACCAGCAAAAUGCAGGCAAAGCUGCUUGCGAAGUACACAGAAGUCAAGAACACAGCUUGUCCGAUUCCGGAGGGAUACGAAGUGAAGGAGGCCCUGGACACAGUGACUGCAGACUUCCGACAGCACGGCACGCUGAAGAGCGGCAGCCGCAUGGCAAUACUUGGCAGAGUACUUUGCGAAGCGGAUGGGACUCGAGAUGAGUUCCUGCAAUUGGUCAUCAGCAAGCACGCGGAGAAGAUCACUUGCCGCAUCUACUGCGAUGAUGUGCUGGUGCAUGAGGAAUACCACAACCACAUCGGCCACAAAGACCGCGAGGUGAACAUUCCGGAGAUCUGCAAGGGUGCUCGCAAAGUCAGGCUCGAAGGAGGCGGCUCCAAUGGAGGGACCUGCGGCUUCAAGAGCAACAGGUUGGAGGUGUUCAAGCUCAUGCCGACCAGGACCCUGACAAAAAGUGAAGUGAGCACCAUCAAGGACAGGGCGUACUCCUGCCGAGCUCGCUACUGGGCUGCCGGCCAAGUCACGAUCAAAUUGGACGAGUUUGGCGAGAUUGCGCCUGGCAACAAGGUGAACUUUGGGCACCACGUGUUCUCCAAAUGUGAGGUCCACUGCAACGGGAAAAAACAGACGGUCUACAGCGGCCGGCGACGUCACAGGCAUCGGUCGACGUUCGACGUCUCCAAGGAAUGCAUCGGUGCAACGGAAAUGGUGCUUAAGGGCGGUGGGCACUGCGGUGGUUGCCAGAUUGACAAAGGACAGCUGAAGGUCUCUCCGUAUCCGACUCACCCCUCGGAGGUGGUGAUCCCGGCCAAGAAAAUCGUUGCCUGGUUCAAGAGUGAGGAUGCAGGACCUGUAUGGCGAAGCAGUGUCGGCAAGUUUACCGCAUCUGCUCGGCGCCGGACCGGCGUGGUAGCUUACACAGCACGCGGCUAUGGAGCAAAGGCUCCUAUCCGCUACAUCCAAGGCCACACCGGUCACGCUUUCGACUUCGGGAAGGUCUUGCAGGAUCACUACACAGUUUGCGCCGUGACACGCUACCUCUCUGCUGGGGCUACAGGGCGAAUCCUGACAGGCAGCAAGACCAACUACCUGUUUGGACAUCAUGCAGUUGGGGUGGGCCUGGCCUACUCACACGGCUGGCAGACUGCGACGGGCCUCCGCCAGAAGAGCACCAAGUGGCUCACAAUGUGUGCUUCCCCCGGUGCCAAGUACGUCUUCGUGGACGGCGUCGACGUUGGAACCCAGAAGACGGAUCAUUACGUGGACCAGCACCUCCUGAUCAAUAGCGGUCCCAUCGUUGAAAAAUCGGACUGGGCUGUCGCAGAGCUGAUCACCUGGAAUUACAUUCUCACCAGGGAAGAGAUGAAGGAGGCAUCCACGUAUCUGAUGAAGAAGCUGAUGGUGGGAGGUCAGAUGGAUACUUGCAAAGUGAUCCUGAAGCAGCCAGAGCACUGGAAAGACGAGCGUGGCAGCUACGACGAGCGGGUCCUGAAUCGCCUCCGGUUACACAAGUCGACACGCCGCGUUGACUUGACCCUGGAUUCCACGUCUGGUUGGUGCGCGUCCUCGAACCACGGCCACAAGUGGGUGGAAAUCGACCUGCGAGCAAAGGAGAAGGUAAUGGGCAUCAUCCUCCAAACGCUGCACAAGUCGGAUGACUUCGUCUACGCCUUCAAAGUUCAGUACAAAGCAUCAGAAAAAGGAAGCUGGAUAACGAUCCCGAAUCGAUUCACCGGCAUGUCGCACAAGACGGAGGAUCACGUGCGAGCAUACUUCGCAGAGGCCGUGGAAGCGAGGUUUGUGCGCCUUACCGACUUCUGGUGGCACAGGAACAUUUGUCUCCGAGCCGCGGUAAUGCUCUGCAAGACGAACUUGGACAACGAGGUGAAUCUGCUCCAGGCAAGGACGUGUCCGACGAACUACAACAGCGAGUCCUGGAGCGAGUCGGAUUCGGGCAGCAGGCACUUGCGAAUCGGCGGCUCGCCGGAUUGCCUGCGCGUGACGCAGACGAAGAAGCGGAUGGCACUACUUUCUGCAACGUGUGUCGGGGACGAUGUGCACCAGAUGAUCCCUUCGUCGGAUAUCGGCUAUCUUUUCACGAUGCUCCAUCGGAACAGCUGGCUCCAGGACAACGUGCUUUUGCCGGGGCUCAAGGCGGAGUACUUCUACAACCUGAAGUCGGACAGCUGCGUGAUUCCGGAUCUCACUUGGCGCGCGGCUGACAAGGUGGAAGUUAUACCGCAGAUGAACUUCUGGAAGGCUACCAGCUGGGCAGGCCUCAAGCACAACGACAAGUAUUCCGCCAGGAUGAGUGGUGUUCUGAUGAUCAAUGAGCCAGGUUGGUACCACUUGUGGCUGGCGGCGGACGAUGCCUCCCGCCUCUUCUUAAAUCACAAAGAG